CCAAUGCUGUGCUGGUAAACACCUCUUGCUGUGGUGAUCAGAUUUGUGUUGAGAAGACGUGCAGUUAUCAUGGAAAAACAUACAAGGUUGGAGACAGAUGGACGGAUGCUGCCCAUCCCUGCAUGUCAUAUAACUGCAGCAUAGAGGGUAUUCAGACUGAGACUAGAGUCUGUCCCACAGUAGAGUGUCAGGAGGAGGACAGAUUUUGGGAUGAUCAACACUGCUGCUUUACAUGUAACCAGAGGUGUGCUCCGAAGGUGACCAGUAUCAGUGUUACUGUAGACAACUGUACCACCGUCAUGCAGAUACCUGUGUGUCAGGGCCAAUGUGUGUCUCAGCACAGGUGGAGCAGAAGGGCAGAUGCUGUCAGGAGUUGAGCUCAGACAGGAGAACAGUGACUCUGCAGUGCUUUGACCUCAAGAUCAGACACUACACCUACAAGCACAUCACCAGCUGGGAGUGCCGAGCCUGCAGCAUACUGCGC